AUGGGCUGGAUCGAUGGCAUAUACGUGGGCAGCAAGGACUGGAGAGAAAGCAGGCUCUUGAAGUGCCAGAUCGUGGCGUCGUUCUUGGUGUUCAUCCUCUUCGGACUAGCAGAGCAGGCCAUCGGAACCAUGAUCCCCAAAUUCCAGGCCCAUUACCACAUCAACGAUAAGCAGGUCAGCUUGAUUUUCCUUUCCAGUGUGUUUGGCUACUUCACCAUGGGGUUGUUGAGUGACGUCAGCCACCAGAAGCUCGGAAUACGAGGCGUGGUCACCUUAGGAAGCGGGUCCAUGACAUUGUCGUACUUGAUCACAUCCACCAGACCCCCGUUUCCCAUAUUAUUGAUAUGCUUUGUGAUGGCAGGUAUCGGGUGCGGGUGCUUGGAUGCGUGUUUGAACACCUGGAUGGGUGCCUUGGCUGAUUCCAACGAAUUGUUGGGGAUUUUGCACGGGUGUUACGGAGUUGGGAGCAUGAUCGCUCCUCCUGUUAUAACAUACUUGCUUGAAAAAGAGAACCCUUGGGCCUGGAACGAGUACUACCACGUACUCACUGUCUUGGGAGCCAUGCUCAUCGUGAUCAUGAGUGUGUGCUUCCGGCACGAAACCCCUACCAAGUAUAAGUUCAUGCUCGACAGAAAACACCAGAAGUACAAGUCCAGCAACAAUUUCGAAAUGCAGUCACAGGAUGGCCAGCUCGAUAGCUCGGAAGAUGACACCCAGGAAGUUAGCAUCAAGGAGACACUCACCAACAAAAAGGUGCUUUUCUUUGCGUUGAUCUUGUGUAUCUACGUGGGUAACGAGGUCGCUUUUGGGGCAUGGAUGAUCACGUUCUUGACCAGAAUUCAACACUUGGAAUACAGACUCUCGUCGUACAUCGCCACCAGCUUCUGGAGUGGGUUGACUGUGGGCAGAAUCGUGCUUGGUUUUGCAACCUCCAGCUAUUUCAAGACAGAAUUGACGGCAAACUUGACCUACAUUGCAGGGUCUUUCUUGGGCACGUUUGUAUUCUGGAUAUUUGCCUUCACCAACAUCAUUCCAUUGUUGUUUGUGAUUGUGUUCGUAACUGGUAUGGCCAUUGGUCCCAUUUUCCCCACCACCAUUGUGACUGCCAUCAACGUCCUUCCAGUCAGAUUCGAAACCGCUGGUGUCGGAUUCAUCUGUGCAUUUGGAGGAGGUGGAGCUGCUAUUCUUCCCUUUUUUGUGGGGUUGGUUGCCGAUUCGAGUGAUGCUGGCCUCACUGCUUAUCCAUUGAUUGUCACCGCUAUGUUCGGUGUAUUGUUGGCCAUGUGGGUAUUGGUCAUGGCAACCCACGCUAAAAGUUAUGGUCGCAAGCUUUGA